UCAUUUCCACAGGUUUCCAUUCAGUGGGCGGUGGGAAAUCAAAACGCUGCUUCUGCACUCCUUCUGUCCCAUUAUCGGUAUGAAACACCCAGGAGGAACGAUGAAGCCGUUUCCAAAGUUGACCUAAAGAGCUAUACGGAUCCUACCUGAAGAAUAAAUGGACGAAUCUGACCUCAUAAACGGAAUAACUACUGUUUCUACGUCUAAGAAGAAACGUCUAGCUGUACAUUUGUUUUUACAGGUCUGUUUGUGUCCCUGCAGACCUCCUGACACUUUCCAGCUCCCCGGAGGAGUAAUUUGGCAUUGAGGAAGUGCACAUAGCAUACAAAGAAAUGACUGAAGGUUUCUCCGCUUCCACUCUACUAAAGCGUUAUCGUCUGGCCAUGACAGAGUCAAACUCAGUCUCCUCACCAUCCGGGACUGCUGCUGAGGACCCAUCAGAGGGUAAGGACAUUUCAGCAGACGGGGAUCCCAACUUCCCCAUGUCUUCACUGGCAGAACUUCUGGACAAUGAUGAUGGAUCACAGCCAGCCCAGGAUUCAGCUCGACCUGGACAACAGAAUGAUAACAAGCAGAACUCGCGAAUAAGGUUCCCAGGGGCCUUUAAAAAGGGAGUUCCUAACCCCAUGGACCUUCUUGAGUCCACCAUGUCUGAGUAUCCAGUGGCACCUGGGCCGAAGAAAGCACCUAUGGACUCCCUGUUUGACUACGGCACAUGUAGGGAGAUCAACAACCAGAAAAAACGCAGGAAGAAACUUCCACGAGGGAAGGCUGAGAUUGAGAUGUCAUGUGACGAGGGAUCCCCGGAGCCCCCUGUUCUUAAAGUCUUCAACCGCUGGCUGUUGUUUGAAGCCGUAUCUCGAGCAGAUAGAAGAGCUCUGGAUGGUCUCCUGCAGUAUCUUCAGUCAAAUGAAAAGAGGCUGACAGAUGAGGAGUUCAAAGAACCUUCUACAGGGAAGACUUGCCUACCAAAAGCACUUCUGAACCUGCACAGUGGUCACAACGACACCAUCCCUGUGUUGAUGGACAUUGCCGAACAGACCGGAAACCUCAGAGAGUUCAUUAACACGCCCUUCAGAGAUGUGUAUUAUAGGGGUCAGACAGCAAUGCAUAUCGCCAUAGAACGACGAUGCAAACAGUACGUGGAGCUUCUGGUGGAGAAGGGGGCUGAUGUUCAUGCUCAGGCCAGGGGCCGAUUCUUUCAGCCCAGAGAGGAGGGUGGAUAUUUCUACUUUGGUGAGCUGCCUCUCUCACUCGCAGCUUCUACCAACCAACCAGACAUGGUGCAUUACCUGACCGAGAACAGCCACAAGGCGGCAGAUCUGCGGAGGCAGGACUCGAAGGGGAACACAGUCCUGCACGCCCUGGUCCAUAUCGCUGACAACACUCGGGACAACACGCGUUUCGUCACUAAGAUGUAUGACUUGCUGCUCAUUAAAAGUGCCAAACUCUACCCAGACUGCAACUUGGAGAAUAUACUCAACAAUGAUGGCAUGUCCCCUCUCAUGAUGGCUGCCAAGCUGGGCAAAAUUGGGGUGUUCCAGCACAUCAUCCGGAGAGAGAUAAAAGAUGAGGAGGCUCGACAUCUUUCCCGGAAAUUUAAGGACUGGGCUUAUGGACCCGUAUACUCCAACCUGUAUGAUCUGUCUUCACUGGAUACCUGCGGAGAGGAAGUCUCUGUUCUGGAGAUACUCGUCUACAACAGCAGGAUUGAGAAUCGCCAUGAGAUGCUGGCGGUGGAACCCAUAAACGAGCUGCUGAGGGCCAAGUGGCAAAAGUUUGCCGCUGUGACCUUCUACAUCAGUGUGUUUUCCUACCUUGCCACCAUGGUCAUCUUCACUCUUGUGGCCUACUAUCGCCCAUCCACGGGUACACCCCCUUACGCUUACAACUCUACAGAAGACAAGGUGCGUUUGGCAGGCGAGAUCAUAACCGUGGCUUCUGGAGUCUUCUUCUUCGCAACAAAUAUUAAGGACCUUUUCCUGAAGAAGUGCCCGGGGGUGAAUUCUUUAUUUAUUGAUGGAUCCUUUCAACUUCUCUACUUCAUCUACUCCGUGUUGGUGCUGGUGAGUGCAGCGCUGUAUCUGUCAGGGAUUGAGGCCUACGUGUCUGUGAUGGUGUUUGCUCUAGCAUUAGGUUGGAUGAACACCCUCUAUUUUACCAGAGGCCUUAAACUCACUGGAACUUACAGCAUCAUGAUUCAGAAGAUCCUCAUCAAAGAUUUGUUCCGGUUCCUGCUGGUCUACGUGCUCUUCAUGAUCGGCUAUGCAUCAGCGUUAGUGUCACUGCUGAAAAUCUGCCCUGAAAAGAAUAUGUGUAAUGGUACCUGCCCCAAAUACCCAGAAUGCCGAGAUACAAACACCUUCAGUGAAUUCCUGUUGGACCUGUUUAAGCUGACUAUAGGCAUUGGAGAGCUGGACGACAUGUUAAAAGGCGCACAGUAUCCCGUCGUCUUCCUCAUUCUCCUAGUCACCUACAUUAUUCUCACCUUCGUCCUGCUACUCAACAUGUUAAUUGCUUUGAUGGGAGAGACAGUGGGACAGGUGUCCAAAGAGAGCAAGCAGAUCUGGAAACUGCAGCAAUCUCCAGCCAGCUCUCCCCCCCUUCAUCCUCCUCCUCUGCCUCCACCGCUGAAGGACAUGCUGGAUCUAUUGCCACCUCUCCGAGGAGGCUAA